AUGUCGGAAUUUGGCAACGAGACAACUGCAUCGACCCCCAUUGACCUCGACCGAUCCCUCACCGUCAGCUCCCGACUCUCCGACCGAUCACUCAAGAUGGCUGGCGUCUCCUACUACACUAUUGCUGGCCGGCAAGUCGGCAGCCACCACAUUGCCAUGGGCUGGCUGGGUACCCUCUUCGGGGGCGUCUAUUACGCCAUGUCUGGUCCCAAGAACAGCGCUGCCAAGGCCACCCCUCCGAUCAAUGCCUCGAGCUCCGACGAGGCCGACUUCAUCAAGAAAUUCAUGGAGGAGCAAGAGAAGAAGUAG